AUGAUUUACAUUCCCGCCGGAUUUGCGAUCUUGUUCUCUGUGUAUCUCUUCUUCCGCGUCAAGGCAGUAUCUAUCCUCAAGACGGAGGGAGCAUCGGCUGCAUCCUUCGAAGAGCUGAAAAACUGUUACGAGACCAUCCAAGCUGGAGCCAAGGCGUUCCUUUGGGCUGAGUACCAAGUGUGCACUAUCUUCGUGAUCCUGUUUGCGGUGCUUGUUUUUAUCCUCACUUCGCGUAUCCCCACCUUGUCUGCGACGGGAGACUCGUACGAAUGGAAGUGGAAGAUUGGAGGGCUGACCUGCGCUUCUUUCCUGGUCGGAGCCUUCACUUCCAUCCUGUCCGGAUAUAUCGGCAUGAUGGUUGCAGUGUUUGCAAAUGGCAGAACCACAGUUGCUGCUCUCGCCGACGGAGGAGCUGGCUGGACAGCAGCCUUCAACGUUGCCUUCCGCUCGGGAGCGAUCAUGGGCUUUUCCAACUGUGGUCUGGCUCUCAUCAUUCUAUACGGUCUGUGCCAGAUCUACCGCGACGUGUUCACAGACAUCAUCGAUGGCAAGAGGUACAUCCAGUACACUCAGCUCUUCGAGUGCGUGUCUGGCUUCGGUCUCGGUGGGUCGGCGAUCGCCUUGUUCGGAAGGGUAGGAGGAGGAAUCUUCACCAAGGCUGCCGAUGUCGGAGCGGACCUCUCUGGGAAAGUGAUCGGGUUGGGAGAUGGCAAGAAGCUCGACGAAGAUUCUCCGUACAACCCUGCGGUCAUUGCUGACAACGUCGGUGACAACGUCGGUGAUGUUGCGGGAAUGGGAAGCGACUUGUUUGGCUCUCUCGGAGAAGCUUCCUGUGCUGCGAUGCUGCUGGGUGCAGCAAUCGGAGAGAUCAGCACGGCUGGAUGGUCAGCGCUCAUGUAUCCGCUCUACAUCUCCACCAUCGGAAUCUGCGCAUGUCUUGUGAUGCACUUCGUCGCUACUGAUAUCUGGCCUGUGCGAUGCGAAACGGACAUCGAGAAGGUCCUCAAGAUUCAGCUGCUGGGAACUGCUAUAAUCAUGUCUGGCAUCAUGUACCCUGUAACCGACGGCUUCCUGCCUAACAGUAUGACCAUCGACGGCGUCACUCGUCUUGUCACUUCGGACAAUGUCUACGGUUGCGUGUUGUUCGGCAUCUGGGCUGGCACUAUCAUCGGCUUCAUCACCGAGUACUUCACCUCGCACACCUACAAGCCUACUCGCGAUGUAGCCAAGGCUUGCGAGACUGGAGCAGCCACCAACAUCAUCUAUGGCAUCGCUCUCGGGUACCUCUCCUCUAUCAUCCCCGUCGGCCUCAUCGCAGGAGCCGUAUACUUCUGCUUGAAGACCACUGGCUUGUAUGGCGUAGCUUGCGGUGCUCUUGGCAUGCUCUCGACCCUCGCAACGUGCCUCACCAUCGACGUGUAUGGUCCCAUCUCUGACAACGCGGGAGGCAUCGCUGAGAUGGCCGAGUUCCCCCCCAACGUGCGCGACAAGACUGAUGCUCUUGAUGCUGCCGGAAACACGACGGCAGCCAUUGGCAAGGGCUUCGCCAUCGGGUCUGCGGCCCUUGUGUCCGUCUCCUUGACCGGCGCAUUUGUUGCUCGAUGCUCCUUCUCCAUGUCGGCAGCCAGCAAGCUCAACGAGCAUGGGGUCAACCUCAUGUCUGCCGUCGUCUUCGCUUUCCUCAUCUUCGGUGCGAACAUCCCGUACUGGUUCUCAGCUCUUACCAUGAAAUCUGUCGGAGAAGCCGCAAACUCGAUGGUGCGGGAGGUGGCGAGGCAGUGGGCGGAGAUCCCUGGGCUAAAAGACACAGCUUCGCUCGACUUUGACACGCGUGCUGAGAAACGUGCAGCUGGAGAGAAGCUGGCGACGCCCGACUACCAGAGGUGCAUCGCCAUUGCCACAAACGCCUCGCUGAAGGAGAUGAUUGCUCCUGCUGCCCUGGUCGUCCUCUCCCCCAUCAUCGUCGGCUCUCUCUUCGGAGUAGAGGCGGUGGUGGGUCUUUUGGCGGGCGCCAUGUCCUCGUCUGUGCAGCUUGCUAUUUCCAUGUCCAACACAGGAGGAGCAUGGGACAACGCAAAGAAGUUCACGGAGAAGGGAGGACUGAACGGAUGGACCGUUGUCUAUGCAGGCAAGAAAUCCAACGUGCAUGCUGCUGCGGUUGUGGGCGACACGGUGGGAGAUCCUUUCAAGGACACGUCAGGACCAGCUCUCAACAUCGUGAUGAAGCUGAUGGCUAUCAUCUCGGUUGUCUUUGCUGACUUCUUCAUGAGCAUCAACCAUGGCAAUGGAGCCUCGCAUGCAGGCAAUCUGAUCUAUUAA